AUGGACCAUGAUGAUAGUGUUACACAGCAGCCUUUGAUGUCCAAUAUGAGCGAUGAAACAGAAGCAUUUCCAAAGCCUCAAUCCCUGAGCCAAGAAAGCGGCAUCGAGACAGAAGAGCAAGAAAAUUCCACACAACAACAAUCUUUAUUAUCCCACACUGGAGACAGCACGGAAGCGCCUCCAAGACCUCAAAACUCGAGUCCUGAAAGCGACGCCGAGAGUACGGCAGAACAAGGCAAUGCCAAUUACACCACUGUCGAUAAGAAAAGACCUGCUGAUUUCUGGUUUACUCGGCUUGCCUCAACAUGGUGGAUCGAGAGCAUCACCAUCUGCAUCAGCUUCGCCUGCAUGGCCGCCCUAGUCUGCAUCCUCGCCCUCUUCCAAGACCGUCUCUCCACAGACUGGUCCUUCUUCAUCAGCCUCAACGCCACCAUCGCCAUCGCAAUCACAGCCGCAAAGGCAACACUCCUCGCCACGGUAUCAGUCUGCCUCAGCCAGGAGAAAUGGAACCGCUUCAGGAACAAGGUCCACCACCUCCAAGAUCUCGCCGUCAUCGACACGGCAAGCCGCGGGCCGCUCGGUGCUAUACGGAUGCUCUUCCAGGUCUCGUGGGGGUUUGCGAGUAUCAGUGCAGUGGUGGUCAUUCUAUCCAUCCUCACAGAUACGCUUGUACAACAGGUAGUGGAUCUCGAACCAGGCACAAUUUACAUCUACCAAAAGCAUUCGGCAACGUUCGGUUAUGCUUAUGGCUUUGACGGGUUGGAACUCGAAGAGGAUGAAAACAAGAUCGAUGAAAACGUCGCAAGCGCCAUCCUCAGAGGCUUAUAUCAGAAAAGUUGGCCAGCCGCAUUCACUUGCACCUCAAAUUGCACCUGGGACGGACCUUAUCUCACUCUGGGCUUCAGCAGCACUUGUGCCAACGCUACAGAGGAGACCAUAGACACUUUAGAAUGUGAUAAUGGCGAGUAUUGGCCGGGGCCUUGCCGCAUGAAGACGCCAAAGGGGGGCGUACAGUUCAAUUUCGGUGAACAGUAUGCACCCAUGACUCUGAACUCGAGCGAAGUAAUGUUUGAGCCUUUCACAAACCUCGAGCUGGACGACAAGUCCAGUCUCAUCAGAGAUACCGAUCUCCUCGCAGCUUCCGUCUGGACUUUUACCCAGCCCAGCUUCUUAGGCGAUAACCUAGUUGACUUUCAAAAGAUGCUCCAUCGAGAGUCGGUGAUAGUUGAGUGCACGCUUGGCAUCACUCUAUACAACUAUACCAAUGUUUCAUCAACUUCAAACGUUUUCAACAUUGGCACCACCGAACAAAUACCCAUCGGCAACUACAGCGGGUACACAUCGAAAGUAGGAUGGGCUUCUCAAGAUAUCUUCACCCGCUGGUGGAAUGAUACUGGUCCGGGACUGCCAGACGUUUCUCUCCUCUCCCGUUACGUAGACAUGAUUGUCAUGUUCAUGAAGUCGGGGGAGUUCUCCGGUACAUUCUAUCAGUACAGCUUCCCCAUUGAUAGCGAUGAUCGUCCAGGCGCCGCGCGAGCGUUUGGCUACGGCAGCCUGGAAGAAGUUUCGUUCAUCUUUGACAAGAUCGCAAUGAGCCUGACGGACAUGGUACGCCAGGGCAUCUCGAUGCAGACGGCACAGGGCAAAACCAGCCAAGCCGUCGUCUUCAUUCGCGUGCGCUGGAGGUGGCUCAUCCUACCCCUAGCCGUUCAUUUCCUAGGAGCCAUUGCCCUCGUCGGAACCAUAAUUGGAAGAUCCAGGGACGUGCCAUUAUGGAAGGGCUCAGCUCUGGCAGUUCUAUAUCACUCUGUUGACAAAGAUGGGAUUUUGGGAACUCAGGUGAAAAACCUAGAGGAGCUAGACAAGGUCAAGAGCAUACAAGUUAUGCUGGAAAAGAAAGAGUAA